AUGACCCCGACAAAACCACUUGUUCUGUUCUUCAGUCCGGUGCGACAUGCCAUAUCAACAUACGAGCAGCUGCAGCAAGUAGCCCAAACAGAGGUUGUGACGAGUGAAAGUCGCGAAGAGUUCUUCCAUGAUCUUGCGACCAAGUACCAGAAUGCUUUUGCGAUCUACCGGACAUCUGCCAGCGGCUCUGUCGCUGGGAAAUUUGAUUCCGACUUCAUCAAUCAUCUUCCCGCUAGUUGCCAGUAUAUAUGCCACAAUGGCGCCGGAUAUGACCCCAUCGACACCGCCGCCUGUACCAAAAGAGGCAUCGUUGUUACUAACGCACCCGACCCUGUGACGGAUGCCACUGCCGAUUUGGCCAUCUUCCUCCUCCUAGGGGCCCUCCGCCAACUGAAUCCAGCCAUUUCCUCACUCCGUGCUGGCAAGUUCAAGCAGGGGGUUAGCUUUGGCCAUGAUCCCCAGAACAAGACAUUGGGGAUUCUUGGCAUGGGUCGAAUUGGCCGAGCAAUCAAAGCCCGUUGCGACCCAUUCGGUCUCAAGACUAUUUACCACAAUCGCAACCCACUGCCAUCGGACCAAGCUGCAGGGGCUGAAUAUGUCUCGUUUGAGCAGCUCCUCACCACGAGUGACAUUAUCAGUGUCAAUGUGCCGUUGACCCCGGAGACAAGGCAUCUUAUUGGCGCGAAGGAGAUUGCCAUGAUGAAACCCGGUGUCGUGAUCAUCAACACGGCGAGAGGUGCUAUUAUUGAUGAGGCUGCUAUGGCUGAUGGCCUGGAAAGCGAUCACAUUGGUGCCGUUGGCCUAGAUGUAUAUGAGGAGGAACCCAAGAUUAAUGAGAAGCUCUUGAAACAGGCGCGGGCCCUCUUGGUGCCCCAUGUGGGAACUCAUACCACUGAGACAUUGGCCAAGAUGGAGUCUUGGGCAAUGGAGAAUGUGCGGCGCGCAAUAACUGGGGAGGAAUUGCUAUCCCCUGUCCCGGAACACCGACAUCUUGUCCAAUAG